GUGACAUACUGUUUUAUUAAAAGCUAAUUUUAGAGUAGGUUCCGUGGAAGUACAGCGCUGUAUGUCGUAAGGCUGACAAAGCAUAGAAACCAAAAUGUUGCCACGAUUCAGACGAACAAGAGGUGGUGACCUGGUAUACUAUAGGAAGGAAGAGGCAGAGAAAGGAUUAGUGAAUGCACCAAAUGUUCGUCCCUCUGAACUUCCGUCCAAAGUGAGGGCCAAUGCUUUGCGAGCUGUGAGGUUCCAUGGUGGGGACGUUAAGAACGAUAAACAUGUUUUGGGGCAGUACGUCGUUCAGUUUGGCAAGUACAGGGGCCAGACCUUCUUGUGGAUGGUUGAGAACUGUCUGGGGUAUUCAGGCUGGCUAGUGGAUGCCAUGCGGAGAGAGACGAUCACUCAGGCUCCCUUGUCGCAGAAUAAGCAUGCCUUUAAGGACUACUUACUGUCGUUUGAUGAAGGUCGUGAGGUUGUGGAGUUAAAAAAAGAGCAGCGAGUCAAAGAGGAGGAGAAGAAGAAGGAAGUGUCUUUGCCACCACAAGUAUUGUUUGCCAAUCUUCCUGCUGCAGAGGCAAGACGACUUCAGAGAGAAAAAGCGGCAAAGUCACGGCCAACCAUAAAGCCAACGAUUCCCAGGCCAAGUCCAAAAAAGCAUGAAAUGUCAGAUGAAGCCUUGUUGGGGGAGGUUGAAAAGCUAGAAGACAUGCUUUCACAAGGUCAUUUUUUCCAUAUAUUUAUGUCUUAUAAAAUAUUGUCAGUUACUCUUAAAAUGAGAAAAGCAUGCAAUAUUCUUUUAUUGAAAAUUACAGUGAUAUAAGAGUAAACGUACUACUGUUUUAAGAUAAUCCAGUUCAAUUUUUAAAGUUUUAGUUCAUCCCGAAAGAUUAUAAUUGUUUACAAAAUGACUUAUGUUCUGC